AUGGUAUAUCUGACGAUUUUAUUCACAUUCGCCACUCUUUGGACAACAACUCAAAGCCAAACAUGGGCUGGAAUAUAUCAAAUGAAUACAACAUGUAUCACCAGCACUUGCUGUUGUCUAGUCAAUGACAUUGUCCUUACUCGUCCAUCGCUAAAUAUCUUGGCUUUCAAUGCAACUUUGUCAGGUCAAUGUUUCGGUCUACCUUCAAUCACCAGUUCGAUUGGUUAUCCGGUUGGAUAUUCAUUAUCUUUAUCAAUAAGUAUAGUAACGUUGACCGUUCUAUUGAGCAACGAUAGCAACACUCUUACUGCCGUUAAUCCGUUAAUCUCACAAUGUACUGGACGGGCUGUACGAAAAACGGCACUGGUUGCUGGAUCGACAACAGCAAGUGUUGGAACUGCUACAUCGAGUGAUGCACUCCAUCAUCGUGUAGAUAUGAUAAUAUUGUUGUGCUUUGUGUUGCUUCAUUGCAUGAGAAAAUGCUGGUGA